CGCUGAUACGGUGUAAUAUCAGCUGUCAGUGUUUUGAAAUGCUUGCGAUUUAACGAUUUGUGUUUUGUUUGUGCGGAAAACGAGUUUCCACGAAGUCUCUCACCUAGCAAGCUUUUGCAAAGGUUAUUUUCACACUCAAAAUCUAGGAUAUUCCGGAAGAAUUAAGUUGCUAAGUCCUUUAUUGACAAUGUGGCAAACUGUAAUCGCGAUCUUCUUAUCGCUCUGCAAAUUCAUCAGUGCAGAGAGUUUUGAAACGUUUGCCAUCUCACAAGACUCUUCAUUCAUUAAUAUUACGCAAAUAAACAUAGAGUUGGGCAAUGACAAGUACAAUACCGACGUCAACCUCAAUACGCUGCAAAUGAUAAGAAAAGCGGGUUAUCCUGCGGAAGCUCAUAUUGCAUUGACAGAGGAUGGCUAUCUCCUAACGUUGCAUCGUAUUCCAGGUAGCAAAAACUCUCCACCCGUGUUGCUGCAACACGGUCUUUUGUGCAGCUCCGCCGACUGGGUCAUCCUCGGCAGGGGUAAAGCACUCGCUUAUAUAUUAGCCGAUCAAGGAUACGAUAUUUGGUUGGGCAAUUUUCGAGGUAACACCUACUCAAGGGCGCACAUUUCUCUGUCGCCCUCGUCGUCAAACGCGCAAUUUUGGGAUUUCAGUUUUCACGAAAUGGGGAUCUACGAUCUUCCCGCGAUGAUUACGUAUAUCACGAAUAUAACGGCGCAACCAUUGCAUACUUACAUCGGUCAUUCGAUGGGCACAACCGCAUUUUAUGUGAUGGCAGUGGAGCGUCCGGAAAGCGCUGCAAUGAUAGGAAGGAUGAUCAGCCUCGCGCCUAUAGCCUUUGUAGAACAUAUGAAAAGCCCGUUACAUUAUUUGGCCCGUUUUGCUAAUUAUUUGGGGAUAAUUGCGCGUUUUGUAGGCGCGAAUGAAUUUCUGCCGCAGAGCACCAUUCUGAGGAUUCUAGCAGGAUACGGCUGUGACGCCGACCUCUUCAAAGAAAAAAUCUGCAGCAAUGUGCUAUUUCUAAUCUGUGGCUUCGAUAAAGAGCAGUUUAAUUAUACGUUAUUGCCCACAAUUCUGAGUCACGAUCCGGCUGGCACCUCGACUAAGACAAUGAUACACUUCCUCCAAGAGAUAAGGUCGGGCAAAUUCCGCCAAUAUGAUUACGGCCGUAAGAAAAAUAUGCAGAUUUAUAAGGCACCGCAACCGCCGGAUUACAAUCUAUCGAAUAUCACGACGCCGAUCGCGCUGUUUUAUGCGGAUAACGAUUGGCUAAACAAUGUAAUAGAUGUGAAAAGGCUUUAUAAUUCACUGACCAAUGUACUGGAUACAUAUAGAGUGUCAUUUCCUAAAUUUAAUCACAUUGACUUUUUAUGGGCCAAAGAUGCACCAACGUUGGUAUAUGACAGACUGCUGCAGAUUAUGAAAAGAUAGUAAAUUAGUAACAAAUUGUAAUUAGAUUAAGACAGCUAUGAUUGCGAAUUUUGUCCAGUGUCAUAAGAUAAUAAGAAAAACCCGCAAUACAUAUCAAAAGUAUGAAGACUAACAUCUUCUUAUAAUCAGAUUAAGUGAAGAUUGUUAAGUAAUUAGAUGAAUAAAUCUAAUUUUUUUCACUAUGU